CGUCCCGGAGGAAGGACGUUGGUAUGGUUGCGUGCCAUCCGCUUCGACUUCUGCCUUGCCUCGUUUGUUCUCCGCCAACGAGAAACGCGGGAGCUCACCUCAGAAUAGGUUAAAGCAUCGAACCGAUAGGUUCGUAAUCGUUCUACAGGCAUUUCCGCAGGUACGGAAUGUAUUUCGAUUCGAAUAUUUCGACAGUUCGACGUUAACAAUAGAAAAGGGAAAGAAAAAGAGAAAGAAAUCGUACGAGAGAAAUAUAUAUCGAUGAACGAGAGAAAUUCCUCGAAGGGAUCAAAUUGAUUUCAAUACACUUUUAAUGCUUAACGGUACUUCUACCGUGGACAUUCGAAAAAAAUCGCGCACCUCCGUGGCCUUGUACGAAAGUCGUAAUCGGCCGACUUACGGUUGUUCUCCCGCGUGAGUCGAGUCCGUGAGUCGAGUCGAGUCGAGUCGAGUCGAGUCAAGUCAAGUCAAGUCGAGUCGAGGCGAGUCGAGUCGAGUCGAGUACGAGUCGAGCUGUGCCAGCAAAAGUACCUACAUACCUUCGCAAAGAUCCACUCCUUCGAAUGUGUGCCGUAUAUGUCGUCAAGAGUAAAGAGGACGUACCUCGAUCGAGAAGAGUGCACGAUGAGAAGAUAACCAAAAGUUUUGAUAUUUCCUUCACUACGAUUUAUGUUAAAAAACGAACGAACGAAAAUGCGCCCAAGUUGAAGUUUUCAUCAAGAUUUUACGUGCUUCUUCUUUUUAUUUCUUCGAAGAUAGACGAAUAGACAGAUAGAAGUAGAUACUUGCAGAUAUAUAGAUAUAUCUAUAUAUAUCGAAGGGAGGAGAAUAUCAUCUUGAAAAAAUGGCUUCCAUGUGUGGCAGCAGUAAAAGCCAUCCGGCUUUGACUACCAGCAGUUAUUACAGAAGCGGCACUUACCCUUAUCAAAGCGACUAUUACUUUCCACCACGAUCUACAUGGUCAAGGGUACCAGCACAUCCAACGAAAAAACAAAAUGGCAAUACGACGUGGAAAAUCGGUAGCGCGAUGCUGAUAAUAUCGGCGAUGCUCGUAUUAAUCGCUGUACUUGCGAUCGCUGGACUUGCACUCUGGUUGGGUGCAUUGAGGAACGAUUCCAAAAAUGCGAUCGUUGGAUUCUAUUGCAAUUUCAGAGUAAUUAAGGGAGAAAGGUAUAAUCCGAUGUUGAAGUUGAACACGAGUAUGGUGUUUCGAGAUAAAGAAAGAAAGUACAAAAAUAUUUUCGAAUUGUUGUUCAGAAGAAGCGUUUUGAGUCCAGCUUACAAGCAAACGAUUAUAGACAAAUUUGAGAAUGGUACAUUUAAGGUCUUCUUUAGGCUAUACUUAGACAGAAGGAAGAUACCGAGAUCCAUCACGAAUAUCGAAGAUACGAUAGAGGAUAUAAUAGCUAAGGAAACUUAUUCGUUGUCCUCUUUAUUCAAGGAUCUGGAAUUAGAUCUCGCCAGUAUAAACAUCAAACGAAUAAGUCAGGAGAUAGCGACGAAUCAGAAACAGACGAAUCAACAGAGAAAUGCUAUGAUAACGAAAAAUGGUCUCCUUCGACCAAAUAGAACGAGUCCUCUUAUAACGGGCACCAAACCAAAGUCUAAACCAACGAAGAUAGAAUCUAGCGAACCUGAAAUCGAUUUCAAUAAUAUUCCAACGAUUCAAGGAACUUAUAAGGCGACGAAGAUCAACGAAACUAUGAAGAAUUCUACUAAAAUAGAUGUUAAGAUCGAGUCCAAUGUUAAAAACUUUAGUAAGAUUUCGCAGUUGGACGAAGUUUUAAAGAGUACUGUUUCGAAGAUCGAGGAUACUACGAAAUUAGAAUUAACUUCUGCACAACCAAUUUCUACCACGACGAAGGACACAACAACGAAUAGGAUCGAUGUAACGACCGAGACCAUUGAUCACCAAAAGGAAAUUACUUUAUCUUCCAUCAAAGUAUCGUCCACUACUACGAGUAGUACAAACAGCGUGAUCUUUAAUGAUUUUCACAAGCCAGAUUUUGAAACGUCACCUUGGAAACCAAUAGUUCCUGGAUACGUUAAUACUGAACUGAAAUUAUUACCGGAAACCACAGUAUCGUCAGGUAACAUUGAUGUCGAUUCGAAUGUCAAAAAUUCAACGUACAAUAUUCAGGAUAAGGUCAAUCCAAAAUUACCCAAUCGAAUUCCUGAAAGUUUAGAUCCUUUGAAUACGCGCAUGGAUGUACCAGGUAUGAGCACAUUGGACGAGGAAGAUACUGAUUUUCCGCACGACAGAAUCGUACCCGAAGAUAUGGUGAAUUUUAGAGUAAACGGUAAAUUCAAGAACAAGAUUCCAGGAUUGAUGGACGAUGGUAACGUGUUUACAGCACCAACACCUGCGGCUGAAACUUUCAACAGGCCGAGCAUCGAAGUGUCCGGUCAAUUACCAUCCGAAACUUAUGAUCUACGAUUGAGUACUUCUUCGGAAUUAACCAAAGCUGAUGGUGCGAAACAACAUUAUUAUCAGACGAUCGAUCAAACCAGAACGAAAAUCGAACUGGCGAACUCGACGAACGAGCCAAAGGAAAAUUCUUCAUCGACAAUGAGUUCCAUCGCUUCAAGAUGGAAUCUCCAAACAGUCAAAUCUAAGCCUUCUUUGAUAGAGGAAUCAGAUCCGGAAUCAGUGUCCGGAAUCGGUAUCGCCGAACCUGUUCCCGAUGUAGAAGAAAAUCUAGAAACGAGAAGUCGAUUAAGUGGAAUCGAGGCACUCGACAAAGAACAAAACGACGCUUUACGCGACAGAAAGGUCGAUCAGAGACCGAUUUAUACGAGCUACCGAAGUCCUGAUCUAAGUGGUAGCGCGGUUAGGCCCAGUCUCAUAGAAAAUCCUGGAACUUUAAAACCCUUUCGACAUACCAUUCCUGUUGACAAAAUUACAUCGGCAAUUGUUUCAGAAGAUGAUAACAAAAGGCUCCCAUUGAUACCACCCAAUCAGAAUACAAAAAUUUCAUCGUCCGUCAAUAACAAUGAUAACAAACAUAUCGAAAAGGCAGAGAUAAAGGAUAAGUGGAUAACGUCGAUGAAUAUUAAAGAAGCCACUGAAAUGAUUAACGCCGAUCGAAAAAAUACAAGUUCAGAGUCAUCCGUUAAAAUCGCUAAUAUCGAAUUGGCCGAAUCAACGAAACCAACGAAAUUGAACGGCGAAGAAAUGAUAGACGACGAGAAGAUUCUUAAACUAAGUACGACCGAAAUUUAUUCGGAACUGUUACAUCCAUCUUAUAACAAUGGACAGAAAUUGAUCAUGAAGGACGAAGAAAAUAAAGAAGUUAUAUCGGAAAAGCUAACGUCCAACGUUUCGAGAAAUUCUACCUUUAUCGAAGUGGAUACUCUACAACAUGUACCCAAUCAAACGGAUGAAGAAAGUACGAAUGAUUUUGAUAGUAAAAAUUCAGCAAAUAGGGGAGAAAAUGUUUCGAUUAAUCCUCACUUGACAACUACACCAGGUACACGUAAAAAAAUCUACAAUGACACGUUGAAGGCCUACGUUGUUGAAAAUUUGGUGACCUUAGCACCUGUUAAAAGUAACACUGGAGUUGGUAGGCCCAUCAGACCAAGACCUAAAAUUGAAACUGAGAAAGUCACGAAAUCUUCGGAAAAAACAUCAGCGAAUAAGAAUUCCGUAGAACGAUUAGACGAAACAGCGUUACUGGAACAAUUGUUUGGUCUUCAGGGUUUAGAAAGGGAUAACAACAAACGUAAUUCCAAUCUUUCCAAAGGAAAACUCGUCGAUGGUAUAGAAUCGAAUAAUGCGACAAAUUCUUCCGAUAACAAACAUACUCACAUCGAACAAAUCGUCGAAGUUGUAACUUCUGUUAGUACAAAAAUAUCGUCCAAACAAAAUCCUGAUCGAGUUGUUCUCAGAUUCGUCGUAACUAAUUCAACUUCUCCUCCUAUUAUUCAUUCCGACUCUAAUACGAAAUUGGAAAAGCAUUCGUUAGAAAAUACGGAAGAAAAACGUUCGUUCAAGGAAGAAAAACUAAACGCCGAUCCGAUAAAGAUACAAACUUCUGAUAGAAAAAUUUCGACGUUAGAAGAGAAUCGAUUUCUUUUGGACAAAUUGAAGCAAUUAGCGGAAGUAAGAACACAUGACAAACCUAUCGUGACGAUUCACAAAAAUUCAUCGAACGUUUCCUUAGAUAAUUUGAAUUCUAAAAUUAAAGAAGGAUCAUCACUAUCGAAUGAUCAAAGAUUCUUACAAAAUUUUGAUGAAUUGAAAAAGAUCGCGGACGUAGCGAUGGGAAAUGAAACGCUAAAAAAUGGUAGUGCUCUGUUCACAUUGAGUCGAGACGGCGUAAGGAUUCUCACGAAGAUAAUGAACAAAGUUGAAGAUGAUUUAAACCAUCAAGCAAAUCAGACGAACGAAGAAAGUCCUAUAUUUAUGCCUGAUAACUGUCAAGGGGGGGGCUUCCAGUGCAACGACGGCAAAUGUUUGCCAUCCAGUGCAAGAUGCAAUAUGCUUGGCGAAUGUUCGAAUUCGGAAGACGAGGCCAGCUGUACGUGCGCGGACUUUUUAAAGGCACAACUUCUACAACAAAAGAUAUGCGAUGGUACAGCGGAUUGUUGGGAUUAUUCUGACGAAACAGAUUGUGAUUGGUGUGUCGAGGGUCAGUUCGUUUGCGGUAACAGCAGGUACUGUGUGGAUCAGAGCAAGGUUUGCGAUGGUUUCCGAGACUGUCCUACUGGAGAGGAUGAAAAGAAAUGUGCCGCACUGAUCGAGGAAUACGUUGAAGAUUAUAAAAAAGUUGCUGACGAGUUAAAAAAUAAAAGCAUAAUUUUGGAAAGUAAAAAUGAAAGUGACGAUGUCUUCGCAAAGUCGGAAGAUUAUUCGUACGAUUCGGAGAACAAUCGAGAUGUACCGUUCGAUCAAGAAGCAGUUGAAUCCACCUUAUCAAAAACAACCACCCUUCCUGAUUCCUUUGACUUUCCAUCGAGCAGAGAAACCUAUGGGUCCGUCGUAGAAACGACCAUUUUACCGGAUGAACCAACGAAUUCUCCGAAUCUCGUAUCAGGAAGAGAAAUAUCUUUGAAUUUGAGAAACAGUCUCGUUGAUAGAACGUCUUUUCACGCGAAAGAAGAUUCUCUGAUAACCUCCACGCAAGGAUUUAAAAAAGAACUGAAUGGUUACAAUGACAAAGGUUAUCUAAAUAUAAGAAAAAAUGGAAAGUGGGGGAAACUUUGCUUAAAUUCUACGAACAAUUUUCGUCAGGAAAAACAGACUACUUGGAGCAUCGAGGAUCUUGGUAGAGCAGUCUGCAAAGCAAUCACGUAUCAAGAUUACGAGAGAGUCGAAAGAGUUCUGGAUGAAAAUCCAUCGUCCGGCAAUUCUUAUUACGUACUCUCAUUUAACGAGAAACCGUCCGACAAAACCGUGUUGACCUUCAAGCCGUCCAACUGUCCGAGCGGCCAAGUUCUCAAGGUCAAGUGCAAGAAUCUCGAAUGUGGAAUAAGGACGCAGGCUCCGUCGCAGGCAAGGAUCGUCGGGGGCGGCAGUUCAUCGGCAGGAAGCUGGCCGUGGCAAGUAGCUCUCUACAAGGAAGGUGAUUAUCAAUGCGGAGGAGCUCUUAUCAAUGACAAAUGGAUUCUCUCUGCAGCCCACUGCUUUUAUCGUGCUCUCGACGAAUAUUGGGUUGCAAGGAUAGGUGCUACUAGAAGAGGAAGCUUUCCAAGUCCACACGAGCAACUUUUACGACUGGAUCAUAUCGUCCUUCAUCCAGAUUACAUUGAUAAUGGAUUCAUUAACGACAUAGCUCUUCUUAGACUCGAAAGAUCGGUUACGUUCAGUGAUUACGUCAGACCGGUAUGUCUUCCGCAGAACGAACCAAAAAGUGGGACUACUUGCACUGUCACCGGUUGGGGACAAUUGUUUGAGAUAGGCAGAAUAUUUCCUGAUACUUUACAAGAAGUCCAACUGCCUCUGAUAUCAACGGAGGAAUGCCGAAGGAAAACAAUCUUCUUACCGUUGUAUAGAAUCACAUCAGGAAUGCUUUGUGCUGGAUUAAAAGAUGGCGGAAGGGAUGCAUGUUUGGGUGACAGUGGUGGUCCUUUGGUUUGUUCAGGAUCUGACAAUAAAUAUACCAUUCAUGGUAUCACUUCAAACGGAUAUGGUUGUGCCAGACCUGGAAGGCCUGGUGUUUAUACGAAAGUUCAUCAUUAUCUAUCGUACAUCGAACGUGUUAUCAUCUCGAAAAACGAUGUACCAUCCUCGAUAGCCUCCUGUAAAGGACACAGAUGUCCAUUGGGCGAAUGCUUACCCAAAUCCCGAGUCUGCAAUGGAUUCCUCGAAUGUUCCGACGGUAGCGACGAACGUGAUUGCACGACAACUUUCCGAUAAAAAGACUGACGAUACUUAAAUAAUUUUAGAAUUCCCAUAGAUCCUUUGGCGAUUCGAUUUCGUCGUUUUACAAAUCGAUAAGAUCAUUGUCGUUCAAACGCCAAAAUCGAUCGCGAUGCAUCUGAAUGAAAAUUGCAAAACGUAUUUUUGUUGUAUUUAUUCGACGAAACGAGUUUGAGUAAAUGCAACUUUUUUUUUUUUUUUAAUGUAAAAAAUAUCACAAAAAAGAGACCAAACUUGGACUUCCAGGUGUCUACUUUGUAAGAUAUUAAAAGAUAAGAUGAGAGAGUGAGAGAGAGAGA